AUGAUAACAACAGCAACAGAGGAUAUUACUAUUAGUAGUAAUAGUAGUAAUAAUAGUACUAAUAGUAGUAGUAGUAGUAGUCAUGACAAUAACACUCAACCCAAUGGAUUAACAACAACUCAAAAGACUCUAGUGAAAGCGUGGUGGAAAAAAGUGACAGCAACGAAUAAACUAGAAAAUAAACCAGUUACAACUCAAGAUAAAACUGUAUUUGGAUUACCAUUAUCACAAUCAAUUCAAUAUGCUUAUUCAACCAUUUCAUAUCAUGAUGAUAUUACUAAUACACCAUGUAUGGCAGUGAUACCUACUAUUGUUGCAAAAUGUGGAUCUUAUUUGAAGGAACAAGGAUUGACAGUGGAAGGUAUAUUUCGAUUAUCUGGUAGUUCCAAACGAAUAGGUCAACUUCAAUCUCUUUUUGAUACACCUGAGCAUCAAUAUGGAGUUUACUUGGGUUGGGAUGGCUUCAAUGUUCAUGAUGCAGCCAAUGUCAUGCGGCGUUUUUUGAAUCAUUUACCUGAACCAGUUAUUCCUUUAUUAUAUCAUCAACAAUUCAAGACAACUAUGGAAACCGAUUUUACUUCGAUAGAUGCAAAAAUUCAAGCCUUUCAAAACCUUAUUGAUCAGAUGCCAUUAGUACAUCAGUUCUUAUUACUAUACUUAUUGGAUUUACUCAGCCUAUUUGCACUAACAAGCCAUCUUACUCGUAUGGAUAUUCCUUGCUUAGCAUCUGUUUUUGCUCCAGGUAUUUUAUCACAUCCUGAUGAUGCAUUGAAUCCUUCUGGUUACAAAGAAUCACAAUUAGUUUUAGAAUAUCUUAUUGAAAAUCAAAACAGAUUUCGAAUGCCAAGUUCAAGAAUUCCAUUUGUAAAAUCAGGUACGUAA